AUGUCAGAAGAAGAUUACGACCACUCGCCCGAUUUCUUGGACGAUCACGAGAAUGGUACCAAGCCCGGCCGCAAGCCGAUCCUCACGGAGCCAAAGAACAAACGAACGGCGCAGAACCGUGCCGCCCAGAGAGCGUUCAGAGAGCGCAAGGAACGCAAGUUGAAGGAACUAGAGGACACAGUGGACCUCUUGGAGAGCGAAAAGAUCGCUGCCGUCACGGAAUCGGAGUUUUUGAAGAAGCAGGUCGAGAUGUUGAUGUCGGAGCUCAAUCGCUACAGAAACGACGGCCCCGAAGUGAGUCCACUCACCCCGGGUAUUUUGGGCGUCCAUGCCGGCAAAACACCGGCUCCGCCACAAGAGUUCGCCUUCGAGUUCCCAUGGUCCCUCAAGGCGCAGCAGGUUGCGGAGUCUGUGAGCACGAGUAGCCGCAGCGACGGCGACAAGACGGGUUCCACAUCGAUUUCCUCGUACUCCUCGCCCGAUGACGUUGCCGACCGCCGCUCUUCCAACACGUCCCAUCUGCAAGGCGCCAAGUACAAGCAACAGGAGCAGACAUUUGACUUCAACCAGAACUUUGACGAACAGGUGAACGGGUUCUGCGGGCAGUUGAACACUGCCUGUGGGACUAAGGAGAACCCUAUUCCCCAGAGUUGUGGGAGCCAAGGAUCAGGCACUUUAUCGCAGAUCAAUGAGAAUUCUAACUCGCUCAGCUUGGAUGACCCGUUGCUCGCGUCGUUCCUCAAUGACGCCACGUCCGGAUUCCCUAGUGUCAGCUACGACACCUCGUUGAAUAUCUUUGAUGACAUCACAGGCGGUAACGAUCCAUUGGCCAACUUGGUGUCAGAGGAGAGUGCAUACGAUCCGUUGGGUAUGUCUCGUUUCACCACCCAGUUCAUGUCUCCUCCGGUGGGCGUACUCACGCCGCCAGGCUUGCCGUUCAGCAACCCAGCCCAAGUGAGUACACCACCUACCGAGGCUGUCAAAGUUGAGGUGGGUACUCCAUUCGAGUCAUAUCUCGAUAUGGACCAUAACGAAAUAGUGCCGUCCAAGGACGAUCAACUCAUGAAGUGUUCAGAAAUAUGGGAUAGAAUCACCUCGCAUCCAAAAUACACCGAGUUGGAUAUCGAUGGGUUGUGUUACGAGUUGAAGAAUAAGGCCAAGUGUUCCGAAAAGGGUGCGGUGGUUGACCACGACGACGUGCAAAAGAUCUUAGAUCGUGCUGUCGCCUCGGCAGUUUCUGCGAAAGAGGAGGACCAGGGUAAUGUGUGGUAGCCCGUCCUUGUUUACGUUAUGAUUGCUAUGCCAUUUUUCUGGGGGUCUCCAUGUUCUUGUAUUUAAUCUAAUUUUUGGUUUUUUAUGUACUGCCAAUACUAUGCUGCAAAAAGUUAUAAAGGUAGAUGGGGGCAAUGCUGAAGGUGUGACCAGGCGACAUUGGCGAAGAACGGAGUAUACGGGAGAGCAAGCAAUGUUUAGAUUGCAUCCCGGUAUACUGAAACUCGGAAGGAUCCAAACAUGAACUUAGAGGUCUGGCUGGUAUACGCAUACACUGUUUUGUCAACUCUGGCGUAACUGACAACUUCGAGGAAUUGUGUUUGGAUAAACAUGACACUGAAGUAGCCAUAGCAUGCACUUAAUUAUCCGAUGCCACUUGGCCAUAUCAAUCGGACGGAUAUUACUGAUUGCUCGCAUGGCAUUAGGAAUAUCUGGAAUUGUAUCUCGUGUUUGGUAUUGUGUACCUAUUUCGUCUUGGUUGUGAGUUAAGCCGGAGAAAC